GCGACAUGGCCGGGAUCUCAUUUCAGUUGGUAUUUGCUACGCCACUCCAGACCAGGUGGUGGCGGUAAAGCGUCUAGUUGCUGUUUCUCCAACCGCCAGAAAACAUUGGAGAAGAAAAGGUCUCAUGUUUCUUGCUGGAACAUCUUAAGAUAAUAUUACAUUAAAUAUUUGGAAUAAAAUUUCCAGUGUAGGUUAUAUCUGAUACAGUUAAAAAAUGCAGGUUCAUUAUUUUGCCUAUGUUUGAAGAUUCGUUGUGCUUUAAACCCUGAGAGCUGUUUUAAUGAGUUCAGCAGGAGACAGACAGUGCUCCUCCAGGACGUCUCAGGCUCCUGAUCCCUCACAGCUGUAUGAAGACGUGAAAAUCGAGAUUUCAGAUGGAGGGACAUCCGAAGUGUCAGGAGUCUGUGUGAAGAAAGAGGAGACACUGGAGUUGAACAUCUAUAACCAUGGAAAUGACCUCGAAAACCCACCUGAAGUUCUCUCCAUUAAAGAGGAAGAUCCUGACAAUAAAGACUACCUCUACACAAACAUCCAGAGAUGCCACGAUGAGGAGUAUUUGAAACCAUGCAAAUUGGAAGAUAAUAAACAUGAUCUUCACCUACCUUCCAAAGGCUCCAGUAGUCAGCCAACAUCAUCUGAUACUCUCACUUCUGACAAUUCUAACAAUGAUGAGCAAAAGGAAAUUCACCAUUGCUCAGAACGUGGGACAAAUUUUGGUCAUCGGAGUGCUCUCCAACAACCUGAACAAGUUCACACAGGAGAGAAACCAUAUCACUGCUCACAGUGCGGAAAGAGUUUUACUCAUCAUGGUACUCUCCUACGACACCAGCGCAUUCACACAGGAGAGAAGCUGUAUCAGUGCUCACAGUGUGGGAAGAGUUUUACUCUUCAUGGUACUCUCCUACAACACCAGCGCGUUCACAGAGGAGAGAAGCCGUAUCAUUGCUCACCAUGCGGAAAGGGUUUUACUCAAAAGAGUAAUCUCAAACAACACCAACGCAUUCACACAGGAGAGAAGCCACAUCACUGUUCACAGUGUGGAAUGAGUUUUACUCAUCAGAGUGCUUUCCUACAACACCAGCGCAUUCACACAGGAGAGAAGCCGUAUCAUUGCUCACAGUGCGGAAAGGGUUUUACUCAAAAGAGUGAUCUCAAACAACAACACCGCAUUCACACAGGAGAGAAGCCAUAUCAGUGCUCACGGUGUGGAAAGGGUUUUACUCAAAAGAGUGAUCUCAAACAACACCAGCGCAUUCACACAGGGGAGACGCCGUAUCAUUGCUCACAGUGUGGAAAGCUUUUCACUCAAAAGAAGCAUCUCCUACGACACCAGCGCGUUCACACAGGGGAGAAGCCACAUCACUGUUCACAGUGUGGAAAGAGUUUUACUCAAAAGAGUGAUCUCAAACAACACCAGCGCAUUCACACAGGAGAGAAGCCGUAUCACUGCUCACAGUGUGGAAAGAGUUUUAUUCAAAAGGGUCAUCUCCGAGAACACCAGCGCAUUCACACGGGGGAGAAGCCACAUCACUGUUCACAGUGUGGAAAGAGUUUUACUCUUCAUGGUACUCUCCUACAACACCAGCGCAUUCACACAGGAGAACAGCCAUAUCAUUGCUUACUGUGUGGAAAGCUUUUCACUCAAAAGAGUCAUCUCCUACGACACCAGCGCAUUCACACAGGGGAGAAGCCACAUCACUGCUCACAGUGUGGAAAGAGUUUUCUUCAAAAGGUUAAUCUCCAAGAACACCAGCGCAUUCACACAGGGGAGAAGCCACAUCACUGUUCACAGUGUGGAAAGAGUUUUACUCAUCAGAGUUCUCUCCUACGACACCAGCGCAUUCACACAGGGGAGAAGCCACAUCACUGCUCACAGUGUGGAAAGAGUUUUCUUCAAAAGGUUAAUCUCCAAGAACACCAGCACAUUCACACAGGGGAGAAGCCUCAUCACUGCUCACAGUGUGGAAAGAGUUUUACUCUUCAUAGUUCUCUCCGACAACACCAGCGCAUUCACACAGGGGCGAAGCCAUAUCAUUGCUCACAGUGUGGAAAGAGUUUUACUCGACAGAUUCAUGUCCAAAAACAUCAUCAGUGCAUUCACACAGGAUAGAAGAGUUUGCUAAUAUGUGGGUGCAUGAUGCCUUGCAGUGGACUUGUAUGAGUUUAUUCUUGUUUACUGGAAAAAUGUGUAGCUCUAGAAAUAGCAGAAGUGUCAAAAUGCUCAGAUAGGGAAAUCAGUGGUGUGGGUGGGGUGUUUUUUUUUUUUUAUUUAAAUUCUGCUCACACAGUUAUUACUUUUGUUUGUACCUGCCUGUGAUUUCUGAGCAUAUUGGUUGGCUAGUUGGUUCUGUUUACCAAAAUAUAGAACAAGCAAAUAGCCUAAUUUAAAUCAUCUGUGACCAUGACUAAGCAGUUACUAAGGAUGCUGUAAAUACAGUGUCUUGCAAAAGUAUUCAUUCCCCUUGAUGUUUGUCCUGUUUUGUUGUGUUACAAGCUGGAAUUAAAAUGGAUUUAUGGGGGUUAGCACCA